AUGAGCAGUUCGAGUGCAGAUUCAAGUCAUAUCAAUUUUGAUUCAUCUAAAGGAGAUCCUGGUUUUGGUCUUGGUCUACGACACGCCAAUCCUCCUGACACACAUCCGAAUACUUCCCAUCUCCAAUAUUCUACGCCCCCGGAGCAUGACGAGCAUAACUCCAAGCCUGAACUUGAAGAGAUUUCCGAUGCGGAAUGGGAGCUACGUACAGGCCGCACAAUCGAUAUUCUCCGCUUGACCCUCCCUACGUUCUUUAACACCGGCUUAAUGACAAGCUGGGACCCAGAAACUGGCGACGCCUAUCCUUCUCCUGCAUUACCGUCCCUGCCGUCCUUACCUCAUUUACCCAAUUUACAUCUGCCCCAUCUCCCUAUACCCCUACAUAUUUCGCCCCAUCCUAUAAAUAAGGAUGCGGAGAAGCAAACGAAUGGAAAAGGCAAAGAACGUCAUGAGAGGGAAUCGAUAUAUUCCUCUCGUAUUCGCCUAGCCUACACUCCUCCUUCACCGCUUCCCCACCCAUUUCCGGAAAAAUUAACCUUGGAUGGUAAACCGCUCUACCUAACUUCCGCGGUCUUUGUCCGACACACGCUCAAUACUCUCUAUUCUGACUUACGGGUAACGUUGGUCAAGGUCGCUGUUUCGGUUCCCAGAGGCAAGUCGUCAUCAGAAUCGGAUUCAGAAUCAGGAACGAUCCCUCCACUACCGCCAAACCCAGAAUCAGAUCCUGAAUCAGGUAACUCAGGUUCAGUCGAAGGAUUUGACGACCCUCUCACCAAAAACUCUGGGUACAAGAGGGAGAAAUCUCUCUAUAUCUCCCUCCGAGUCACUGGUACCUCUCGCGUCAGUGGUGCCCUCGGACAGUGGGAAGUCAAGUCUACGUAUACCUUUUCUCCAUUGAACGCGCAGAUCAUUAAACAUACUGUGAACGGGAUCGAGCCGGCACCAGAGAGGGGUGUGUGGGAAGGGCUGGCGAAGGUUUUGGGUUUGGGAAACAUUGGGGAAGGAUUUAAUGGGGGAAGGCAAGGGGAAGGAGCGCUGUCGGGUUUCGGAGGUCAUAGUCGCUUGAAAGCAGGGGAAGGUGGAAUUUGA